GCCGGGGCGGCGCGGGGCGGGAGGCCGGCGGCCGGGAGGGCUGCGGCGGCGGCGGCGGCAUGGCGAGCUGCCGGCGGCUGAGCGGCGCGGGGCUGCGGGAGGUGCUGGGCCCGGCGCAGGGGCUGCUCUUCGACUGCGACGGCGUGCUGUGGGCGGGCGAGCGCGCCGUCCCCGGCGCCCCGGAGCUGCUGGAGCGGCUGAGGCGCAGCGGCAAGGCCGCCCUCUUCGUCAGCAACAACAGCCGCCGCUCGGUGGCCGAGCUGGAGCGGCGCUUCAGCCGCCUGGGCUUCCGCGGCGUCCGCGCCGAGCACGUCUUCAGCUCCGCGCUCUGCUCCGCGCUCUUCCUCCGCCAGCGCCUCCUCGGCGGCGGGGGGGACGGGGGGAACGGCACCGGGGGCGGCCGCGUCUUCGUGCUGGGCGGCGAGGGGCUGCGCGGCGAGGUGCGCGACGCCGGCUUGCGUCUGGCCGGCGAGGGCGAGCCGGCGGCCGGCGCCGCCGAGCCGGUGCGGGCCGUCCUGGUGGGCUACGACGACCAGUUCACCUUCGCCAAGCUGGCGCAGGCCUGCGGCUACCUGCGCGACCCGCAGUGCCUCCUGGUGGCUACCGACCCCGACCCCUGGCACCCGCUCAGCGACGGCCAGCGCACCCCCGGGACUGGCAGCCUCACAGCCGCGGUGGAAACAGCUUCGGGACGCAAGGCGCUGGUGGUGGGGAAGCCGAACACCUACAUGUUUGAUUGCAUCGUGGAGCGUUUCGGUGUGGACCCGUCCCGCACCCUCAUGGUGGGAGACCGCCUGGAGACAGAUAUCCUCUUCGGCAAGAACUGCGGCCUCUCCACCAUCCUCACCCUGACGGGUGUCUCCCGCCUGGAAGAGGCGCAGGCCUACAUGGCCAGCGACAGCGCCGCUGCCAAGGAUCUGGUGCCCAAUUACUAUGUGGACAGCAUUGCAGACUUGAUACCGGGCCUGGAUGAGUAGCAGUCUGUACAUGUGAAGGCAGAGGGGUUGGGUUCCCCAUCCCAGAUCUCCAUCUGUUCCCAUUUCUCUCUCACUGCCCUAUUCCCUCAAUUCCUGGUUUCUUCACAUUCCAACGCCCUUCUUUAGGGCCAAAAUGGGGUGGGGGGUUGGCAGGAGGAGGCAGGAUUCAGGUUGUCUCCUUUCUGCUGAGAGGUACCCAUGAUGGACAGAGUCCUUCUCUCCCUCCUAUGCCAGCUGCCAGCAUCACUGGGAGAGAGCUGGAGGCCUUCAGGCUGACAGGGGGGGUCAAAUCAGUGUGUCCGUGUGGCCUCUCCCCCUGCAGGGGUUAGGGACCGGCUGUCUUAUUAUUUUUCUCUUAUAUGACCAGUGGCGGCCUUUUACUGCUGUCCCUUCACUCCUAACUCUCGACUUCUGAGCUGCAUCCCUGCAGUCCUUGUGGUAACCCCCUCCUUGCCAGGGGACGGGCUGGCAUUGUCACCCACCGGGUCUCCAUUCAUGCCAGGGCGUGUGGAAGGAGCGUGCCAGAGCUCUGGAGCGAUGAAUGAGAGCAUCGCUGCCUCCCACAAGUGAAAGGGAGCAUCGCCUGAUCUCUUCUCUCCCCUGUUCCUUAGAGAUGUUUCCCCCACUACCCUCUGUCCCAACUCAGUUAAUAAGUGUGCCAGUGUCCAUCUGAAGGACUACAGAAAGAGAAGAGACUGGUUUGAGGGGUUUUUUUGUGCCAAACAGAGAAGCUCUGAGUGCACACAGUGGGCCUGCACUUGUUUUCAAGCGCUCUUUCCAAAGGGGCUUGUGAAGGAGAGAGGGCUCCUAGACCACAACAGCACAGCAGUAGUGAACUGUACAACUCUUCCCCAGUUCCUCCUCCUCAGUGGAUUUUGCCAUAGUACGGUGAGAGAAAAGGGCUGAUGGGGGUCUGUGCUCCAGCUGCUGGUGUGCAGGUGAGAUGGUGGUGGUAUUGUCACUGCUGUGAAUGUGUCGCAGCCCUCAAAAUCAUUCCUUGCUGCUUUGUCUUUUUACGGUUGUUUUUUUUUUAAUUUAAUGAUCUUAUUUAUCAAACUUAUUUAUUGUUCAGAUACUGUAUUAUUUGUAUAAACUAUGCUGACUGGUUGCACCAAGGGAACAGGGGGGUAGUGCCUUUGGGCCUCCCUUACUGUCCAUGUCCCAUGUUGAUGUUCUUACACUCACCAUGUGUCCGUAUAUAAUAAAGUGCGAGCGUAGGCUGGAAA